AUGGCUGCAGUUAUAGGAAAUGUAAGUUCAACACUAUCAUACUUCACCGUAUCACUGACUGAUGUGGCUCCAGGCAUAUGUCAAACCAGCGAAAGCAGCACCUCGUACCUCUCCAGCGCAGUCGCGUGCGCAGUAUCCUCAUGCAAAGCCGACAAAUCAGACAUCGAACUCGUCCUCGGACCGCUAGAACUCUACUGCGAUGCCAUCGGCUGCACGAUACCUGCUGAGGUGGUGGAAGACGCCUACGCUGCUGUGUCGAGCACCGCCGCAGCCGACCCUCCGAAACCCACGCACGCAGCCCCAACAACCAAGCCUGCGCCCGCCGCACCCAAGCCCCCCACCACCACGACCCAAACCGACGACCAUGACGACGCGGGCGCUGAUCUGACCAGCGCAAUCAGCACGACUAUGACAAAGACGUCGACUGAUGGCGACGGCAACACGCUGCAGAUAAUCGUGCCUAUAGUCAUGGGCCCGACGCAGAUUAGUACCGGCAGCAUCGUCACGUCGACUGUGGCUGGUGGCACGCCAGUGUCCACGACCUCGUCGCCUAGCCCCUCUGCCCAGCCUUCCGCUCCGGUGCCGACACCAGGCGCCUCCUUUACGCAGACAUCGUCGGCAUCGGGGUCGGAAGAGACAGAUCCUCCGCCGGCCAACGGCAACGGUAGCCCGUUCGAGAAUAUGCAGGCCGGUGCUGGGAGGUGGUCGCUGUCAACAUCAGGAAUGGCGUUUGGGGCUUUCGCUGCGCUGCUGAUGCGCAUGUAG